AUGGCAAAAGAUGGAGAAAAAAGCGAGUGGAAGGAUUUUAUAUGGAACCCGAGGACGAGGGAGUUUCUGGGCAGGACGGCGAGCAGCUGGGGUGAGUAGAGUCCAGCAGCUCCAUACAGCAAUGCAGCAAACCCGGUCCCCCGGCUCUCUUACAGGUCUAUGUCUGAGUCUAAAUGAAACCUAAAUGAUAAGAGUAAUGCUUCAGAUGUCACUCAUUCAGAAAGAACUGUGUGUAACCAUGAUGUUUGUUAAGCUUGUUAUGAGUUGGGUGAUUAUGCUUCUCAGGGUUCAGGUAAUGAGAUAGCUGUCGUUGUCCACUACUCUGUGGUACUGAAAUCCGAAUGCGGCACAACUCCUGAGAAAGAAUAAAAAGCCUUUCUGCCUCAGUUUCUGUCUUUAUUUAUUAAUUUAUGGCACUGCUUUUCCAUGCGCAAUGCGCUCAACAUAAGGGUGGAGGCAAAUGGUCUAAUUUUUACAUUUGAAUGAGGCAGAUUACUGCAGCAAUGCUGAGGCAGGUUCCACUCUGUUGCACCAUCAGCUCCUCUCUGUGGAAGACUGCUGUAGCCAGCGUUAAUGUGAUUUCCUCUGCAGAUGAGACCUUUUUUUUUUUGUUCCAAAGAGAUGUGUCACUGAAUUUCAGCAGAGUAAGGAUUGCAGCUUUAUGUAAUGAGCCUUCAACAUGAUGUCAUUCAUUUUCAGGGUUAUCCCCCCGAGAUUUCAAAGAGGAAGAUCCAAAUCCAAGUCUCUGUUCAACACAGUAUUACAGAUAAAAUGUCCCCUUUCUGUGAUGCAACCGGUCUGUAACUUUAUCCCAAUGAUUGGGGAAAUGAUAGGGCACAUAUGGCUCUGUUCUAAUGACAUUGGAGCGUUUUAAUCUGGGUAAAGCCGUGGGCCAAAUGCUAUUUGUAUCACCUCCAACCCCCCCGGCCCCUCCCAAUGAGUGUAAAUCAGCGAGGGAUUUAAUCCUAGUCUAAUGACUUCAUUGGCUGAUGGAGAAGGUAUCAAUUCAGGGUGGGAGCCAGAAAAGUAAACCACUUUCAGGAAUUUGGGCUAUUCUGAUCUUUCCACCGGUUGACACGCUCACAGUGGGAGAACUCAAAGCUCAGUGUCUUGGAUUGGAGUAACACCAAGAGGGAUUGUACUCGGCGUGGUAUUGUGGUGAUUAUGUGUCAUCAAUGGACAUUGUACUAUUAGUGCAGGAAUCAUUGACUGCAGCUUCCUCUGCUGGAAUCCUCCCACUGUGGACGACUUAAUCCAGCUCAGUGCGUCCCAGGUGCUUUAAGGUCUGCUGGCCUUUUUAAGCUGUGCUCUCUAAGGCUUGUUAAUUAGGCUAUUUUUGUCCUUUGUCACUACAUGGAGGCCUGCUAAACUUGGCAUUUCACCUCUGCACUUCCUCAUUGUCCCAUGACGCAAACGCAGCAGGCUAGGUACUGUACUGUCCUGUACUGUACCUCCACGGUCACUUCCUUGAAUUUAUUUAUUUAUAGUCAAACCUUCUAUUUCCUUUGGCAAAUUUUGUCAACUUGCACUGAAAAAAAACCUCAACAUUAUGCAGAACAAUGUAAACUGAGACUGUAAGAUGAAAGUCUGAGGAUGAAACACUGGAGCCUUUUCAUGUGUUCUUCUGGGUGUCGGAUGAUGUACUUUUAAUGGAGAGGGCCUCGAUAAAGACAACAAUCCUGAUAUUUAGAUAUCUAGAUGUUACGGCCCCAUCAGAAUCAGGGCAACAUGGUUAAAUGACUGUCAUCUUUUUGAAAUGGUCUUAUUAACAAUCCUGCAUGAAAGACUUUCAAAACAAUGAAAGACUUUCAAAAUGGUCAUUUCAAAGGAAAACAUUUCUGGUUAGUCUAGCUACAACUUAAAUCUAUCAAAUCUGUCUUUUUUUUCAUUCCUUGAGGUCUUUUGAUGACCAGUUUUCAAAGCAACUGCGGAUCAUGUCUUCCUAAUUAAUUCUGAUAGAAGACAGACACCUCUCACUAUUAUUAACGAAGAAAGAACAGGAUCCUGAACCGUGCCGCCCUGGCCUCUCUGUUCUUUGCUUUCAACUGCCAUCUGCAAACAAAACCCAUCUGAAAGAGAGAGGCUGCACUGUCCAUCAUCACUGGAAUUGAGAGGGACAGACUGUAAACCCAACACCCUCUUUGCCAGGGGGGAAAGCCACGAGUGCACACUCACUCUCCCCCAGGUGGUAUCAUGUUGUGGUGAGCACAACCCCCCCUCUGGAUGACAGAGAAAACCACUUAAACACUUUGUUUUGCCACAUCUUAUCUCUGCUGCCUCUCUGUUCUUCUGUCUCUUGCUGUAGUGCCUCUGGCGUGGUCCGAAGCCUGGAGAGCUGACUCUGUGUAUUUUUAAUGACUCAGCUUGGGUCUUUUCCAUGCGACAGACGGGAUGCUCACUGCCAUGUUACUCAGCCGUUCAUUCAUUUCUUCACUUCAACUCAGAUUCUAAUAAUUUCAGAAGCAGUUUAAGGAACAUGCACACGCGCUCUAAAUCACCAAGGAUCCUCUCUGAGAUCACCCCCCGUGGAGAAGCUUCCUUCUUGACAUUUUGUUGUAGAUCCUGCGUCUGUGUGGGGAGGCAGAUGCAGCUGCUUACGGGUGAAAGAGCUCCACACUGGGGGGUAAGGGGGUGGACAGCAGAGGCACAAGGUCAGGGUGCUCAGUUGCUACCCGAAUCUGGCCCCAGGUGUUGAUUCUCAAAUUGACAGAUAUGUCAGAAAAAUUGUCAUUAUGUUUCCCUGCUCUUCAGAUAGACAGGGGUGCAUGAGUUCAGAAGACACAGCUGCUCCCAAAGAAUAAAAAGACAUAUCAUCAGUUUUUUUCAGGGUAACUGGCACUCUGAGAAUUUUAAUAGAAUACGGCAGGGGCAAAGUGAGACAACUUCUUUGGGGUUUCUUCAUUUAUAGUUAAUGAUCUCAAAAUUACUGUGAAGCAAUUUUUAUUUUGAAUGUAUUUUCAGCCAUCAAACAAUUGUUUACAGAUAAGCUUUAUGUUACAUUUCCACCCUGUAAACUCAAUACUUCUGGAUUCAGAGUGUCAAUUGAAGUUUUGAGAUUUUAGAUUUUAACUUUACACUUUACACAAUUACACUGUCUUUUUCAGAGAGACGUUUUCCGAGGCGUUAAAGCCUAUUUUAGUGUCGGCACUGCUUUACCUCUUACAUUGAGUUAUUACCAGGGUCUCUUUACAUCAUGAAUGGAAAAGGAAUAGUCUAUGAUGAUCUGCAAUCUCCUGUCUCUGGUGCCUGGUCUCCAGAGGCUCCUUUGGUGCCUCCUCCUGCCACCAUCCCCUCUCUUUGCAGAUGAAGUAGCUCCAUAAUCAAACACAUCAGAGACUAGUCCUUCAACCUUGGUGUAUUUACACAUUUCCCUCCAGCUCUGCCUCAUUGGGGUCAACAGAUGGUGAAUUUCCCUCAUUUCAAGCCAUAUUUUGCAGUUACUGUUAUUUAAUGUGCUGAGAUGACAGUUGUGUAUUAGUGAUUGAGAAAGAGAGGGGCAGAUGCUACAGACUCCAGUUUAAUGAGGAUUAACUGACUCCCUGUCAACAUAUUUGACCACACAAGUGCAUCACAACACAGCCACAUGGUUUUGUUACUGUCAAUACUGCAAAAUUAUUCAUAUUUAAGAAUAUCUUGCAUAUAACAAUAAUUUUAGAGUGGAUUUCCCGCACCUACCUACAGCAGUAGAUGUUAGCGUAAUGGAGCCUUCAUGCAUAAAUCAAAAGCCUGCCUUUCAUUGUGAUGCGCAUCAUGAGAUCAAAGAGUCCUGUGAGACACUGAAGUCUGCAUACAGCAAGCAUUACAGAGAAAUAAUGGGUUUCCCUCACCAUUUAACAACAACAAUACAUGCAGCAUCUGCAAAUAGAGUUUAUGCCUCAUUUAUAUGCAAACAUCGGUGUCCUAUACUGGAUAAAAAUACAAUGUCAAGAUGAGGGCAAUGUUUAGUUUUGUAAAUGUGCGUCCAUUUAAUGACUAAAAAUGGUCAUAAGGAAAAGGACGUUGCUUGAAGUGCUCCAUCAUCUCAUUUGUUGUGCCAUUAAUAGUAUUCUUAUUAAGCUAAUGUGUUAAUAUGUUGCUCUUUUGUUCAUAGAGACUACAUACAUCUCUUUAGGAGUUUAAAAGCAGAGCUGGAAAUGAAUUUUAAUUAACAAAGGUUUCAUACUUGGAGUGUUAACAUCAAUAAGGAUGUCACAGUUUGGAGUAACUUAGAAAAACAAAUUAAAGCAAAUGUUAAAUAUAAUUGAAACAAGAUGAAGUCUUGAAUUUCACUUCCUAAAUCACCUGGAUGUGUGGCUAACAAAGUAACAACUCUAAACAAGUGCUUUUACUUCGAGAUAUGAAGACAGGAUUCUCUUUCUGUAUUAAAUCUGAACAGCUUUGAAAGGAGUAGACCACCCUUUUCCCUCUAGAGUAAAAACUUUUUGAUAUAUUGCAAAACUGAAAUAACUCUUAUUUCUCUAUUUCUGCAGGUCUUAUUAUACUCUUCUACAUAGUCUUCUACAUCUUCCUGGCUGGUCUCUUUGCACUCACCAUGUAUGUCAUGCUGCAGACGUUGGACGACCACAAACCCACCUGGCAGGACCGGCUCUCCACACCAGGUGCUGUAGCUAAUGAUACAAACUGCAUGAACACAGAGGUGAAAGUCUGUACCAUGUUGUCUUGACCUGUCUCUGUCACUCACAGGCAUGGUGAUUAGACCCAAAGCAGACGAGACCUUUGAGAUUGUGUACAGCAUCAAGAACACUGAGAGCUGGGACAUGUACGCUCAGGCCCUGGACAAGUUCCUGGCCCGUAAGUUUGGAUCCACUGUGACUUAAAAAAAAACUUUCAGUGGAUUACCCAACCACCCAGAAUGAAUUGUUUUUACCUACUAAGAGAUAAUUCCCUCACAGUCUGAGGGUAGGCGAUUGCCUUGCAUCAUAAGCCUUUAAAUAAACUCAAAAUGAACCCCACCCCCACCAUCUCUCUCCCCCUCCAUGCAGCCUACAACAACUCAGUCCAGGCCCAGAAAAAUGAUGAGUGCACCCCGGACAAGUACUUCUUCCAGGAAGACAGCGGAGAUGUGAAGAACAACCCUAAGCGCUCCUGUCAGUUCAACCGCACCAUCCUGGAGGACUGCUCUGGAAUCGAUGAUCGUUACUAUGGAUACCAGGAGGGCAAGCCAUGCAUCAUCAUCAAGUUGAAUCGGGUAUGAAAGAGGAAAGGGAAAAAGAAUGGUGUUGCUAGGAGACAUGGUGACUGAGAUAAUAUAGUGGUAUGAAGAGAGGGAAAGAUGAUCCUCGUACAGAAAUAAAGGAAAUAUUGACAUUUAGGCAUCUGAGGUUAUUUCUGGUGUAUAUUUGGGCAGUUUUAAGAUGGCGUUCUAUUUUCUCUAUUUGAAUUUAAGUGAACGUCUAAUAUUGUUGAAGAUUUCUUGUUAUUUUUGUCAUCAGGUGAUUGGGAUGCUUCCAGGAAAGGACGGACAGGCUCCAUUUGUCACCUGUGGUGCAAAGGUAUUCUUCUGCCUUCUCAUACAAUGACCCGUCUAACAUAACAACCUGGAUUUCAGCCCACCUGAAGCUUUUGUUUCCCCAUCUCAUCUGCAAUAUGCCACCUUUAGUUUACGUCCAUCCUCUUGAUUCUCUUUCAUGUCAUUUUCUCAUUUCAACCACUUGUUUGUGUUGUUUUUCCACUUGCUUUUUAUUUAUUUGCAAACUCACAGAGGUACAAAGUUGGCAAAAAUGAAUGGGUAAGAACAGUGUAGGACCUGUGUCUUUGGAUGUUUCAAUAGGUUUAGUAGUGGUAGAGUUUGUAGAUUGGUGUAUUUUCUUAUAGUCCAGAUAGUCUUGAUUAAAGAGAUGGUGGGAGCGGAGACUUAGAGCAAAGAAGAUUAGAGAGAUUCACCUCUUCUUGUCCUACACACUGAAUAAAGGGAUUUUUUCAGCUGUAACUAAUUAAGUCACUUCACCUCCUCAGAGAGAAGACUCUGACAAAAUCGGUCAAUUGGUUUACUUCCCACCAAACGGCACUUUCAAUCUAAUGUAUUACCCUUACUACGGAAAGAAAGCUCAGGUAAGAUUGCACUACACCCAGCAUCUUUGGACAGUUUAUUGAAGAUGUGUCAGACAGAGAACAUCAGCUCCUGUGUCCUUGAAUCUAUCUUUUCAGGUGAAUUACUCUCAGCCGUUGGUCGCCGUCAAGUUCCUCAACAUCACCACCAAUCAAGACGUCAACAUCGAGUGUAAGAUCAACGCCAACAACAUCCCCAUAGGCAGUGAAAGGGACAAGUUUGCUGGGAGGGUGUCAUUCAAGCUGAGGAUCAACACUGUCUCUAACUAG